CAAAAAAGAAAGAAGCCAUCAAUCAUGUCCGCUGUGGCCCGCCAUGCGGCCCGAGGACUCCGAGUCCGCAUCGGAAUAUGGCACCUUACCAGGGCGUCGAUCCCCUCAUCCCGACGUGUUGCCACAGCUGCAGCCGCAAAACCAACAACAACCACAUCGUCUUCAGCAUCGAUAGUACGGAACGCUUCCUCAUACCUGUCAUCUGCUCAAGCGUCAGUGACUCCAGACGAACAUAGUUCAUCUAGCGUACCUGUCGACAUCAGCGUUGGGGCUUCUCUACAUACUCCGACAACGGAGUCAGAAGAGCCACUUCAUCAUCCAGCAGCCCCCACGCCAGCGUCCUCACGAAGGGACAUGCUCAAGGAUGCAAAACCCUUCUCCGACUUUUUAACUGACAACUACAACCGUCAGCAUGACUACCUUCGAAUCUCAGUAACGGAGCGAUGUAAUCUUCGUUGCCUGUACUGCAUGCCUGAGGAGGGUGUCCCACUGUCGCCUCAAAAAGAGCUUCUGACUACCCCCGAGAUCGUCUUGCUCUCGUCCUUAUUCGUCUCGCAAGGCGUGACAAAAAUCAGACUCACUGGCGGCGAGCCAACGGUGCGGCGCGAUAUCGUGUCCCUGAUGCAGCAGAUAGGCGCCCUACGGCCUCACGGUUUAAAGGAGCUAUGUCUUACCACGAACGGGCUCUCGCUGCACCGUAAGCUGGACGCCAUGGUCGAGGCUGGAUUGACAGGCAUCAAUCUCUCCCUGGACACCAUCGAUCCCUGGCAGUUCCAGCUGAUGACGCGCCGGAACGGCUUUAGUGCCGUGCAAAAAUCCAUCGACCGCAUCUUCGAGCUCAACCGCCUUGGGGCCGGCAUCAAGUUCAAGAUUAACUGCGUCGUCAUGCGCGGUCUGAACGACCGCGAGGUACUCCCUUUUGUUGAGAUGACGCGGGAUAAGAACGUGGAGGUUCGUUUCAUCGAGUACAUGCCGUUUGACGGCAACAAAUGGAACAAGGGCAAGAUGUUCAGCUACCAGGAGAUGCUGGAGCUUAUUCGCUCCAAGUACCCGGACCUACAGAGGAUCCAGGGUCACAAGAACGACACCAGCAAGACCUUCCAAGUGCCUGGGUUUGCCGGCAAGGUUGGCUUCAUCACGAGCAUGACGCACAAUUUCUGUGGGACGUGCAACAGACUGCGAAUCACCAGUGAUGGGAAUCUCAAGGUGUGCCUCUUUGGCAACGCCGAGGUCUCUCUUCGCGAUAUUGUACGCAAGAUCAACCAGGGAGAACCCAUUGAUGAGGAAGCGUUUGAGGUUCUGAGGCAGGCUGCGCUGGAAAAGGCAGGCCAGGCCUUCACCGACGGGACUUCUCCAUUGCUCGCUCCCAACUCAGAGGAGCUUCUGAAUAUUAUCGGCAUGGCCGUUAAGAACAAGAAGGAGAAGCAUGCCGGCAUUGGCGAGCUCGAAAACAUGAAAAAUCGACCAAUGAUCUUGAUUGGCGCCAGCACGUUCAACCCUCCUCCAACCUCAGCCCUCUCUCAAGGACUUGGGCACCUCCGCCUCUUCUCCACCACUCGCUCCUUCCUCUCCUCCUCCUCCUCCUCCUCCUCCUCAGACAGCAACUCCAACCACAACAAUGAGAAGGGACAACCUGAACAAUCCACACUUAACAAUGCGAAGGAACAGCCUCAACUCAAGCCCAGACUUACCCACCUCACCCCCACUGGCGAAGCCCACAUGGUCUCCAUAACCACCAAGACGCCUUCCUCGCGCACCGCCGUUGCCAGGUGCACCGUACACUUCUCCAACCCGACCGCCUACCCGCUCGUCGUCACCAACUCCCUGAAGAAGGGCGACGUCUUGGGCGUGGCGCGCAUAGCGGGGAUCAUGGCGGCCAAGCGGACGCCAGAUAUCAUUCCGUUGUGUCACCCGAUUCAGUUGACGCAUGCUGAGGUUGAGUUGGUGCCCGUUGCGCCCGUUGCUCCGGCUGCCGAUUCCGUUGCGGGGUCAGAAGAUUUGGAGAGGGGCUCAGAAAGUGCAAAGGGACAGGGAUAUGGAUACAUCGACAUCAGAGCCACCGUGUCUUGCUACGGCAAGACGGGCGUUGAGAUGGAGGCCAUGACGGCCGCGUCGGCAGCGGCGUUAACGGUGUAUGAUAUGUGCAAGGCGGUAGAUAAGGGGAUGAGGGUUGAGGGGUUAAGGGUGGUGAUGAAAGAAGGUGGAAAGAGUGGGAAAUGGGUGGAGGGGGAGAGCCCUCAGGUCGCUGCCCUAGCCUCGAGCCCCUAUGGGCGCUACGGCGUAUCCCUGAGACCAUGCUUGACGGGAACGCUGAACCCCGAUGUCCCGUCCUCAGCAGCCGGCAGCCAGGGCCUACUUUAA